CAUAAAACCACAUAAUUUUGAUACGAUAUUGACAUUUUAGUACAUGAAUCGUUCCUAAAUAACACACAUUCCGUAAUACUUCACAGAAUUCACUUCCUACAUUACUUCAAGCAUAAUUAUACAACAUUAGGCACAUGAAAUUGAUGAUAGUAUAAAGAUAACGCAAUCCUAUUGUUACAAUAUUCGCGUGUUGUGAACAGUGAUCAGCUUAUCAGUAGAGAAUCAUCAAUCGAAUGUCGGAGAAAGUAUUACAACUAGAAUACGUUAUUCAUAAAAAAAACAAUGUCUUUUAGGAUCAAUGACACUGUUUCAAAAAAUCUCUCGACACUUACAAUCAAUAUUUAACUGGGACGCUGUACGAAACGAUCAAUAUCAAUAUUUAAGAGACUAGCUACAAUGACAGGUGUUGCAUGUACUGCAGAACGUUUUGACAGGCUACAAUAGAACCUCGGAAAUCAUAAUUUUCUCUACAAGUAUGAUGUCACAGAUUAAAAAUUAUACCAUAGUUCAUAUUUGUGUGACAGGAAAUCGAAAAAAUUCACAUUAAUGCUUGGUGGAAAAGUUGCAGAUGUCUAAUAAUAUCGAAUGUCGUGUAAAAUUACGUACGUAUAUCAUAUUAAUCUCUGCAAUUCUGAGAAACAGAACUUUCAUACUCUUCACAUGUCAGUCUUUUUUCCGAAGCGGUUACUCUAGUUAAAAAGAAGAUAUGGCUAGUAAGUGAAAUAGGUUUACACAAAAAUCGAAAUAGUUACCACUUUUUGAAGUAUGAUUAGAUCGCGGAUGUUUGUGCAAAUUAGUAUUUUUAUAAAUAAUUAAUAAAAUGGAAGCUAAGUAGAGAGCUUUUUUACCUAUUAUACUUUUAAUGUCUUGUAUAUUUUUGCAUAUGAUAUGUACCUUGUACAUUUUUUGGAUUGAGAUUUCCCAUAAAUGCAUAAAAAUCCGCAGUCUACUAGUGAUAAUUAUAAUUUUAUGUUGUUCUUUUAUGAUUCUUAAUGUAAAUUAUCAAGAAAUUAAUUCAAGCUUGGAGCACUUUAGCGUUUCAGGAAACUGAGAGACAAUCUCCUGAUAUAUUUGAUAUUCCUCACUAUAAAAUGCUAGAAAAAUACUUGCAACUUUUGGGACAAGAUCCACGUCAAAAAAAUGGAUUUAGAAAUUUUAUAGUAACUGCUGUAGUGAUCAGUAUUGUAGGCAACAUUAUACCAACGUCACUAGAAUUGUAUACCUCAUUAUGUGGCAAGAAUAUGGACGCAAUAAUCGACGUUUUCCCGCAUUUUAUGGCAGCUACGAUCAGUGCUAUUAAAAUAUUAAAUAUCCAGAUUAACAGACAAAAUUUUAACAAAUUGCUUCAAUUCGUGGCAAAGCAAUGGGAACAACUGAAAUUAAACGAUGAAUUGUACGUUUUGAAUCAAACCGUUAUGCAAGGCAACAAGAUGGCUCAAUUGUAUCGAAGAUCUUUAUUGACCGCUUUGAUAUUAUUUCUACUGGUCCCACUAGUUUCUCCCAUUCUCGAUGUCGUUCUCCCGCUAAAUGAAACUCGACCACGUCAACAACUGCUUAAAAUUAAUUACAUUCUUUUUAACGACGCAGACUAUUUUUUCUACGUAUAUAUGCAGUUAGCUUGGGGGUCAAUUAUGGUUGUGGUAACCAUAAUUUCCGUAGAUUCAUUGUACAUCCUUAUAAUUCAUCACAACAGCGCAUUGUUUGCCGUGUGUGGGAACCGAGUGCAAAGAGCAACAAAAAAUUCAGACAUCAAUCAAAUUAUUUCGGAAAGUUACACGUACAAACAGAUUAGGAAUUGCGUGAUCACGCACAACGAAGCCAUCCAGUUUUAUAAUAUUCUAAACGAAAGCAGUCGAACUAGUUAUUUGAUCCAAGUUGGAUUAAAUAUGUUGAUAAUCAGCGCAACAGCCUUGCAAGCAGUAAUAAAUUUAGAUAAACCGGAAGAAGCAAUUAGAAGCGUGGUAUUUUGUGGAGCCAAUCAAUUUCAUUUAUUUGUGCUUAGUCUACCCGGACAGGUGCUUCUGGAUCAUUGUACUGAGCUAGGAAAUAAUAUAUAUGGUGCCAUGUGGUAUAAAACACCCGUGCAAAUUCAAAAAAUACUUUACAUGAUGCAGAUAAGAAGUGGGAAACUAUGCAAAUUAACGGCAGGCGGACUGUACGAAAUGAAUAUAGAAAAUUUCGGAGUGACCUUCAAAACAUGCAUGUCCUACUUCACGAUGUUAUUGUCGCUAAAACAAUGAUUCUACCUUAUCUGUUGAAAUUAUUUAGUCAAAUUCACUGUGCUGUGAUACAAGAUUAACCAGGAAUACGAAUAUUAAGAUCAUAUAGCCAAGAUAUGUACUGUUAAUAUUAAAUCGUUUAAACUAUUAUAUUAAAUACGUAAAUAGAAUUAUUGAACCAUCUUUCAAUGUUAUUUGAUACUUCAGAGUGUAAAACAUGUUAUAUACCUUACCGAAAUAAUGAAUUGACCACUAUUUCACAGAUUUCUUUCAGUUCGUUCUAUCGAGCCACAGAGAAAAUUUACGUUUAUGUACUAAUUUUAGCAA